GUUGUAUUGUUUAUUUAUCCUGUAUUUAUAUAACUCACCUGAAGAAAUGGCUGAGUUUGGAAAGGGAAAGUCAAGUAAAGGGAUCCUGCAAAGCAUUCGAGACAGAAUUCGAAUGUGGAAGCAGAAGAGCUUCAGGAAGAAAUUUAAAGCGCAGAGUGUGCAGGAAAGCACAGAGGACGAUGUAGCGAGAGAGAGGGAGGAAUGGAAGAAAGAGAGAGGCGUGGCAGGGCAAAAGAGAGUGGAGGUCAGGUGUGAGUUGAUGGUGAAGGCAGGGCAGCUGGAUUCAGAGGGAGAGCAGCAGCAGGUCGAGUCGGAGAACGAGGGGAAGAAAUGCACUGAACUAGAGAGAGAAAAAACAGAGAUGGAGGCCUGCUGCAUGUGUCAGAAGCUGCUGGAGAAAGACAGCAUGCUGAAAAAAAUGCAAGAGGAAAAGGAAGAGAUGGACAAAAAGAUGAGAGAGCUUGAGAAGGAUAGAGAGAGACUCAGAGAUCUCAGACGGAGGAAGAAAGAGCAGAGAAAUAGUCUGCGUGAGGAAAUGCAGAGAGCUUUAACAGAGUUUAAGAAGGAACAGGAGGAGAAAGAUAGAGCUCAACUGAUGCUCUUGGAGGAUUUAAUGAGAAGGGUUAAGAAUCUGCAACAAGCCCAGGCUCAGAUAAAUGAGGAGAGGGACAUGAGAGAGAGAAAGAGAACGGACGACAGGGAUAAGUUGGUGAUGAAGGUGGGGCAUGUGGUAGCCACGUUUGCUGUAGAAAGAGAGCAGCAGGAUAGAGAGGAGGCCGGGCUGGAGAAUGAGAGGAAGAAAUGCGCUGAAAUAGAGAGAGAAAAACGAGAGAUGGUGGCCUCCUGGAGAGAGCAGUGCAGGGUGUGGCUUCAGCAGAUGCAAGAGAAAGACAGCGAGCUGGAUAAAAUACGAGAGGAAAAGGAAGAGAUGGCCAAGAAGUUACAAGAACUUGAGAAGAAAAACGAGAGACAAAAACAUGCUGAGAUGGAAAGUCUGUCUGAUGCUCAGAUGGAUGCAGAAACGCAGACUGAAGAAGUGGAGGAACGAGACAACCUGAAGGUGCGAGAGGUGGAGGAGAGGAACGCUGCGCUUCUGCAACACAUCGGUGAGCUCCAGGCUUCCAUCAAACACCUUAAGGAAGGAGCAGACAUGGCCGAGUCAGUGAUCGACUUCAUGGACACAGAGAGAGAGAGCUUGAGGAAAGAGAAAGAGAGCUUGGAGAAAGAUAGAGAGAGCUGGAAGAAAGAGAAAGAGAAUUGGGAGAAAGAGAGAGAGACCUGGAAGAAAGAGAGAAAGAGCUCAGAGAUAGAGAGAGAGUGCUGGGAGAAGGAGACCAGCGAAGCUGAGAUGGAAAGUCAGUCUGAGGCUAAGAAGGACAGAAAGAGGCAGACAGAUCAAGGCAAGUUGGAGGAGGUGGAGGAGAGGAACGCUGCGCUUCUGCAGCACAUCAGUGAGCUCCAGGCUUCCAUCAAACACCUUAAAGAAGGAGCAGACAUGGCCGAGUCAGUGAUCGACUUCAUGGACAGAGAGAAAGAGAGCUUGAGGAAAGAGAAAGAGAGCUUGGAGAAAGAGAAAGAGAACUGGGAGAAAGAGAGAGAGAACUGGGAGAAAGAGAGAGAGACCUGGGCGAAGAGAACUGUUUGGUUUUAGAGAGAGAGCAGUGGCAGCAGAAGAGAAAAUAAAAUACAUCUUCAUCAUGUACCAUGAAUGAUACGAAGAU